AUUUCUUUUGCGUGUGUUGUUUUUUUCUGUGUGUGUUGACUGACUCGCAAUGAAACCGACCGGCGAACUGACACCAGCGACCAAAAGUGUGCGCAUCCGGCCGUACACUCCAAUGACUUCGUUGGAGCCAGCGUAUGUCGACCGAACGUGGCUACUGCUGAGAGACGCCAUUAUUGAGAUCCAGCACCAGAAUGCAUCCGGAUUGAGCUACGAGGUCUUGUACCGAAAUUCAUACAACCUGGUCUUGCACAAGCAAGGCGGACGCCUGUACAAUGGCUUGGUGCAGGUGAUUACCGAGCAUUUGCGCUCGGUGGCGACGCGGAUUGAGAAUUCGAUUGGCGGCAACUUUUUGGCAAGGCUCACGCGUGCUUGGAGCGAGCACACGACGGCCAUGAAGAUGAUUCGCGACAUUCUCAUGUACAUGGACCGCGUGUACGUCGAGUCGAAAAACCGCGAGCGUGCUGCGGCUGCAAACGACCCGCCGCACUUGCGCCGCGAGCAGCACCGUCUCGAGGUGUACGAUCUCGGCCUUUCGAUCUUUGGUGAAGAGGUUGCGCGGCAUCCGCGCAUCAAGCAGCACUUGUUGCGAACACUGAUCGACCUGAUUCGACGAGAACGCGACGGCGAGGUGAUUGACCGCGGCUCCAUCAAGUCUGCGACACAAAUGCUCAUUGAGCUCGGCAUCCACUCCCAUGCCGUGUAUGUCGAUGAUCUCGAAGGGCCCUUGCUUGCCGAUACGGAGCAGUAUUACCAGGCGGAGAGCCAGCGGCUUCUUGGCGAGCUGACGGCCUCCGAGUACAUGAAACGGGUGGAAGAGCGCAUUCGAGAAGAGCUCGAGCGCGUUGCGCACUAUCUCGAUGCCCUAUCGGAGCCACCGUUGAAGCGUGUCGUUGAGCGUGAGCUGAUUGCCAACCACAUGACUGCCCUGGUUGAAAUGGACAACUCUGGGCUCGUCAGCGCUCUCGUGCACAAUCGACUCGACGAUCUGGCGCGCAUGUACUCGCUGUUCAGUCGGGUUGAAACUGGGUUGUCGCUCAUCCAAAAGCAUCUCGAUGUCCAUCUCAAGGAAGUUGGCAAAGCCAUCGUUGUUGCUGACGAUGAGGCCGGGUCUGCUGCGGCAGCUCCGCCAGCUGCGGCAUCCUCGUCGUCCUCCUCAUCAUCAUCAUCAUCAGUACCAGCCGCUCCCGGGGCCACAGCAAAAGAUGCAGGUGGUGUCAAAGACGCUUCGCGAUACGUUCAGCAGAUUAUCGACUUGCGGGACAAGUACGAAACAAUUCUUCUUAAGGCCUUCCGAGGCGAUCGAAACUUCCGCUCCACCAUCAAUUCGUGCUUUGAGUUUUUUGUCAAUCUCAACCCCAAGUUCCCGGAAUAUCUGUCGCUCUAUGUGGACGAGCUUUUGAAAAAUCAGAAAGGAUUUUCUGAAGACGAAAUCGAUGCGACGCUCGAAAAGGCUGUCGUCGUCUUCCGCCAAGUGCAAGAAAAAGAUGUGUUUGAGCGCUACUACAAGCAGCAUUUGGCCAAGCGCCUGUUGCUUGCCAAGACUGUAUCCGAUGACUUGGAGCGUUCCAUGAUUGCCAAGCUGAAGACCGAAUGCGGCUAUCAGUUUACCACCAAAUUGGAGGGCAUGUUCCGCGACAUGGCCUUAUCGCGCGACUCCAUGGAGCGUUUCCAGCGCUUCUUGGAUGACUCCAACAUUAACCUUGGCUUCCAAGUCAACAUUCGUGUUUUGACCAUGGGCUACUGGCCUGCGUCAAACGUUUCUGCCAAAGUCAUUCUUCCCGCAGAGCUUCGGCACGCUUGCGAGGUCUUCCAAACCUACCAUGCAAAGCAUCAUAGCGGACGGCGGCUUUUCUGGCAAACCAGUUUGGGAUCUGCAGACAUUCGCGCAUCGUUUGCGGCUCGGCGGCACGAACUUUCAGUCUCCACAUUCCAGAUGGUGGUGCUGAUGCUAUUCAACCAGCAGGACUCUUACACGUAUCAGGAAAUUGCGCAAGAGACAGAGGUGCCUCCAGGCGAGCUCAAACGAGCACUGCAGUCGCUUGCGUGUGGCAAGUACAAGGUCUUGUUGAAGGAGCCCAAGACGAGGGACGUGACGGAGAGCGACUCGUUCACCUUCAACGACAAGUUCACAUGUCAGCUCCACCGCCUCAAGAUCCAGGCUGUGGCUGUGAAAGAAAACGAGGCGGAGCGAACAGAGACGCGUGCCAAGGUGGACGACGACCGCAAGCACCAGAUCGAAGCCGCAAUCGUUCGCAUCAUGAAAGCACGCAAGGUGCUCGACCACAACAGUCUUAUUCUUGAAGUCAUCACGCAACUGCGAGCGCGCUUUGCACCGACCCCCAACACGAUCAAGGCUCGCAUUGAAAGUCUGAUUGAGCGCGAGUUUCUCGAGCGCACUCCCGAGGAUCGUCGCAUGUAUCGCUACGUCGCAUAGCUUUUUUUCUUUUGCGCCAUCUCUGUGCUGUGUAGAAUAUAGUGAACGUUCCAAGAACUUGGGCCGCG